AUGAUGCCUCCUGUGCAAUUAACACCUACGGAGCAACAGGCAUUUGAUGAAAUGCUCCAGACUUUACCGGUCGAAGACACAAAUUGCUUUCCGGGGUCAGUCAUCGGCCCUUUCCUUAUCAAAUUUGAACUUCCGCAAAAAACUUUAGCAAAAAUUUGGGACUUUUGCGAUGAAGAAGACAAAGGCUACUUCACCCGAAACCAAGCUUACGCUUGCCUUCGCUUUGUAGCGCAAGCUCAAAAGGGUGUACCAUUACGGGACCUGGACGUGUCGAAAGCUGGCACUCCUCCUUUAUUUCCUCAUGAGGAUGAGUUAACAAACCUUCCAACUUCAGAUCAUACGACGGAUCUUAGCCCAUUCCGUCAACUUGUGGAUCCGCAUCUACGAUCCGAAUCUGAAAAUGAAUUUCAAGAGCAUAUGGAUAAAAUUGAAGAUAGAGUAGAUUCAAGCCUUAUGCCUAGCUCCAUUGCUAAACCACUGUUUCUUCAAUCGGGGCUUUCUACGACGGUGUUGGCUCAGAUUUGGAAUCUGGCAGAUUCAGGACAUGUUGGCUAUCUGAGAGUCGAGCAAUAUGUCAUUGCUAAGCAUUUGAUUAUGCUUUGCAAAAAGUAUAAUCUUGUCCACUUACCCAGGUCGCUUCCUUCUUAUGUUGUUGACUCAGCGAAGAGUGAUGCCUUAUCCUCCUCUGCCAAUACUGAACCUUUUUAUGGGAAUGAUGUUGUUCCCGAAUCGAAGCAGGAAACAGACUAUAGCAAAUCUGGUUCAAGUAUUCCUUCAAUUUCUUCACCAGAAGAAUCCAAAAGUCACUCAUUAGAUUUCGUUGGUAAAUUUAUAGAACCAGAAGAUCGAGAAAACUUUUCUAAACUCUUUAUUAAAAUUGACGAUCAAAAUAAAGGCUUUAUAACUGGAGAUGAAGCCGUUCCCUUUUUCAUGGCAUCUCGACUUGAUCCUGAUGAGCUUGCCAGAAUAUGGGAAAUUGCUGAUAAGGAUGAUAAAGGUUUUAUUGUGAAAGCCGAAUUUCUCAUUGCUAUGCAAAUCAUUAAAUUAAGACUUACUGGCCAAUCUUUGGAUAGCAUAGUCUCGUCAGGUUCUGGGGAACAAAGCACAUUCCCAAGCAAAGAUGAAUCCUCUUCUGACGCAAGUCCACUUGCUGAAUAUCCCCCGAUUUCUUCGGGGAUGUUUGAAAAUACCAAUGUUUCGAAAGACGAAGAAGAGCAUCCUUCCAACUUUGUGCGUGAAUCUGCCGAGUCUUCACACUUUGAUAGUAAUCCAACGAAUGAACCCGAAAACUAUGUAUCUCUUCCGACACUUGACCAAACAAUUGAAAAUCUAGUUCCGGGUGGUGACAAGACCUUCUAUGUGCCUGAGCCUACGAAAGAAGUAGCUGAGGCUAAUAACCCUACCUUGGAGAACGACUUUGAUGAAAGAAACUUUCAACCAUCUCACGCGAACUGGACAACAGAUCCUCAAACUGACCAUCCACCCGCUUCUACAACUUUUUCUCAGCAAGAGCAUGCGAACUUUAUGAAUUUACCAUCCGUACAUACAAUUAAACCGGAAAAGUCUUUCGCAAAAGAGGAACCGAAGGAAGCUGCGGUUGACCCUGCAGAAAUUGAUGAUUUGCAGAAGCAAAUCAAUUCUUCUAAAUUCACUUUAGAAACGAUUCAACAAAGCCAUGAUAGAAUUGAAUCUGGCGCUCAUCAACAGAGAUUGCAUGUUCAGCGUCUUCGUGAUGAAUUGAAUGAAAUCUCUCAAUUGAAAGAAACCACCCAACAAUCAAUUUCCCGAAACCUAAUGACCAAUCAGCAGCUUAGUGCUCAAGUCGGGUCACUUACGAUGGAUAAGAGACAGCUUAUUAAAGAAUUAAAACAACUACGAAGCAAAAUAGACGAAGUUCUCGUGGAUGCACCAAGUCCAAAUGCCACAAGUGGUGUUAAUUCACCAGUUUUACUUCCUGAAGCUGCUCGUGACCAGAGAGCUCAGCCAUCUUUUGCUUCCGCUCAUUCCGCUCCUAAAAGCUCUACGAGAUCGUCUAUGAGUUCUUCAGUUCACCCGAAUGCUCCAUCCAACCAAGUGCCUCCUUAUCAUGCUGUUGAAAGCCAAGAUGGACGCCGCAAUCCGCAAGCAACGGGCGGUGGAACGCAUGACAAUAGAAAGUCUGAAAUUCUACAGGAACUACUAUCUAUGGGUUUCCCCAAAGAUAAAAGCCUUAUUGCCUUGACGGCAGUUAACUAUGAUGCAAACGAGGCGAUAAAUAUUUUGCUUAGCUCGCAAUAG